AUGAGCGAGGAGACGGCAAUCGGUGAAGACAUCAACCACCAGUUCUUAGAUAUGGAUCAUUCAAAUGGUCUUCUAGCUUGUGGGAACUCAUCCGGAUCAAUUGUCCCUGAGGGUCGACUCGUUCGUCUGUUCUAUGAGAAUUUUCACUCAGCUCAUCCAAUCCUCGUCCCUGCUGCACUUUACGAGAAAUGGAACUAUCCGCCUUGCCUGCAUCAGGUUGUCAAAUUCAUAGGGAGUCACUACUCCAUGGUACUUGACAAUGAUGUAUUGAACGAAUCUACCUCGCUGCUCCUUAAUCAAACCACAGAGAGAACAUCUCAGAUGGUUCAGGCUCAUCUUCUAUAUUCAAUUAUAAUGCGUGCUCGCAAUGAGACAUCUAAGGCAGAGUCUUCUCUGACCCAGGCAAUCGAUAUUGCCAUUGAGCUUGGAAUGCACCGAGAAGACUUCGCCACCGCAUUUUCUGGCGGUAGAGAGCACGAGGCAGAAAGCCUGCGACGGACAUGGUGGGAGCUCUUCAUUUGGGAAGCCUACAUGGCCACAUUGAAUAAAAAGAGCAUUCUACGCUGCAGCGAUAUUUUUUCUGACGUUUGGUUACCAUGUGAGGAGUCAGCCUAUACAUCUCUUCAAGCUAUUCCACAGCCUCAUUCUCUCGCCUCUUUUAGGACGAGGAUAUUCACAGAGGAUGAGGAGAUUACCAAUUAUUCAUCGUUUGCCUAUCGCAUUGAAGCUGUUCGCAUUCUCGCCCGUGUCUUGGUUCUCAACAGUCUACCCGAAACACAUCAUGAUCACUUGCAAGCUGUCGCAAACACCCUCGUCAGCUGGUUACACCACCUUCCGCAACAAAAGAUCGAUAUCAUCGACAUGUAUGGAAACAUCGACGAGAUGCUGUUCCAAGCCUAUUUCACAAUCCACUAUGCUGCUAUGCUACUACAUUUGCCCCGUGGUAAUCUUCGACCAAGAUUUCCGGACUCAAUGUUCUCAAUCUGCCCUGUCACCCUGUUCCGGCUCUCGCCAUCUCUGACGCGCCAUGUACACGACGUGAAAACCAUUGAAGCCUCUAAGAAUCUGUCUAAUCUCUUAUCUGUGCGCUCUAGCGCACAAAGCUACAGUCCUCUUGUUGUCUUUGGCUCACUACUAUGUGGCCUCGUUCAGCUUACUGCCAUCGAUAGGCAUGGGCCAGAUUGUUAUGAUCAUCAUCAAAACCGGAUAGUUCUCGUUCUUGGAUGUCUCAAGCUUCUCAGGUCCAAUUGGCCUUUAGCGCAAGAGGCCUUCUCUCAUCUCAGGAACUCCGUUGCUCAGCGGGCAACAAUUACCUCGGAGUAUUCGCCGUUUGAGAGCAGACUUACGCCGCAAGGGAACCAAAGACCCAAUACGGCUGCAAUCGAGACUGCCAUAUCUCUUCCCACGGGAGACGAUGUCAUCAAUGGCCAAUUAUCCUCAAGGCUCUUAUCUGAAUAUCUUGAUCCGAUCUGCGGUGAUUCGUUCCCGUUGUUUCACAUACCCGAUCCCGAGGGGUUUUCGGCCUCUCUGGGUCACCAAUCUACCUAA